AGUGCGGAGGAAUACAGUGAGCCGUACAGCAGUGGUUCGUCCUGCCCGCCCGCCUCCAGCCAGCCUUGCUCAGCGGCAACCUUCCAUUUCCUAUCUCCCUGUAGCGUUAGCAGACCGGGCUCCCGACUCCAACAGACAUGGCUGACCAACUAACAGAAGAGCAGAUUGCAGAGUUCAAGGAGGCCUUCUCCCUGUUUGACAAGGACGGAGAUGGGACCAUCACCACUAAGGAGCUGGGCACCGUCAUGAGGUCACUGGGUCAAAACCCAACUGAGGCCGAACUCCAGGACAUGAUCAAUGAGGUGGACGCAGACGGCAACGGGACCAUUGACUUCCCCGAGUUCCUGACGAUGAUGGCAAGGAAGAUGAAAGACACUGAUAGUGAGGAGGAGAUCCGGGAGGCGUUCAGGGUCUUUGAUAAGGAUGGCAACGGUUACAUUAGCGCAGCAGAGCUGCGUCAUGUGAUGACCAACCUGGGAGAGAAGCUCACAGAUGAGGAAGUAGACGAGAUGAUCAGAGAAGCAGACAUCGAUGGAGACGGACAGGUCAACUAUGAAGAAUUUGUUCAGAUGAUGACUGCCAAAUGAACUGGGCUCACAUUAAAGACAAAGAAUCAGUCAAAUGUUUCACUUACCUCUUAUUGCAAAAAUCUACAUUUAUUCAUACUGUUCUGUAUAGACUGAAUGUUGGAAAACUGAUAAUCUGUCCAUAUUCACGAGCUCAAAAAUGUAAAAAAAAAUACUAAUAAAAAGACAGAAAAUUUUUAAAUGAAUCUAUCUGCAUGUACUGGCUUGUAUUCCCCGCCCCCAGCGCUGAGCUACCCAAUCAGAUCUCAACCUUUUAGCCAAGCAGCCUCUCUGCAGCUGGCUGGUUUGGCCACUGCACCUCCGCUUCCUGGUUCCAUCUGCCUGAUUUCAUGAUGAUUUUAUGGGAUGGCCAAUGGCCUUUCUUCUAUGACUUCCUGUUUUCUUUUUUCUGUUCUUCAUGCAUGCAGCUUUAGAUGGGUUACUGUUGAGAGCCCAAUGGCAGAAGGCGAGGAGAGGGAGAGGAGGGAGGGGUUGACAGAUGGAUGGGAGUGAGUAAACCGGCGGAACCUUUUGCAGUUUGCUUACCUAAAUGAAGUCCGUGACAACAGAGAUAUUUUUAAGGAACAUUUUAAAAUGGAAUAACUCAUUUUAGAUUCUGUGUUUCUGGCAUGUCAGGAUACUCGCUUUAUCCUUUGUGUGUUUACCUUUUUUGAGAGGGAAGCUUGGGUGGGGCAUAGAUUUGAGCCCGUUGAAUGUUUCCCACACUAUUUGGAGGGGUUGGGUGGGCUUUAAAGGGGAUGACAUACAAGAUCAACUUUGAGGCAAUGUGGUUAUCACUGAAGUUUGCUUCAGGACAGUAUAUUGCCUCAAAAGUUGCAAUUGGAAUAACGAUUCUACGGGGUGUUAAUUUCAGUUUAGUGGGGACAGGGUCGGUGCUUUGCGGCAUUUCUGUCUGUGAGUGUGUGCGUUUGUGUGGGUGCGGCGAGGCCCGGCCCAGUCCAACUGUUCUGUUUAGUUCAGUUGAUCUGCAUUCCAAGUUGUACAUGCUAGUCUUUACAUUUUGUUUUUCCAAUAAAAUAUCAUGAAGUAA